CGGUUUAUGCUGUCAACAACAUCUUCCCUCUGUCUGUGGUUGUUGCCCUUCUCCUGUUUUGCCUCUUCUCGUCACAUAAUUUUCCUCGUCUCUGGGCAUAAAUAACGUCUUUACGUUAACCCAAGUGGAAGUGCCCAAGGGAUUGAUGUUCGGAAGCAGAGUAGAAGUUGCGGUGGUUAUAAAAUGCGGAUCUACAAAAAUGGGAAACUUCCAUGGGUGACAUGGAUCUGCCUGUUCAGUUAUACCUUCACCGUGGUCCACACAGUUCCAUUCCAUGAUUUUAUUUCCAAUUUGUCGGACCAAGUGAAUGAAAUAAAACGAGCAUUUAUUAACAUUGGUAAUCCGUCCGUGCGCAGUUCUCGCAGUUCUACGUUCGACAUUGCCUCACCGCUUUUGACGGACCGAUUUGUAUCCAGAAAUCCGAAUAAUAUACGGUUUCGUUUGUAUGAUGAACGAUUAAGUCCAGACGCCUACAAGGAACUCAGGAUCGGAGAGGUCGACCUGUUCAGCACUAUCCGGAAGACCAAGCCGGUGAAGGUGCUGGUGCAUGGAUUCAACCACAACGGCACGGAAGGGUCGGGAUCAUUCCCUGAAGACGCAAAAAAUGCGUAUUUGGAGACCACGGACAACAACGUGAUCAUCGUGGAUUGGGGGGAUUUGGCGAAACCUCGAGCAUCGGGGCUGAGUAUUGACGUCUUUUAUCCGAUUGUGGUCUCAUCAAAUGUGCCGCGCGUGGGGGAGGAGAUUGGGAAGCUACUGGUCUUUAUGCUGGAAAAGGAAGUGAUUGAUCAUCCCGACCAAGUUCAUAUAAUCGGCUUUAGUUUGGGCGCACAUGUUGCGGGGGUCGCUGGGAUGUAUUUCAAACAAAUCACAGAUCGGUUCAUUGGGAGAAUUACAGGUCUUGAUCCGGCCAGUCCAAUGUUUGAGCAUGCUUCCGAAAUUGAACGCCUGGAUAAAACGGAUGCGGAUUUUGUGGAUGUGAUCCAUUCGAGUAGAUUGGGCUUGCAGGACAGAAUUGGCCAUGUUGACUUUUACGUGAAUGGUGGACGAUUUCAAGUUGACUGCUACAAUUUAAAUGAUCGAAAUCCAAGACAAAUAUUCUCAGACUUUACUAGAGCAAUCAUGGGGUCUUGUGGUCACAGCCGAGCCCCGCUGUACUACAUUCAUUCCAUAAAAUCCGGACCAGGGUCAAUCAUGGGGUGUGGGUGCAGCAGUUGGAGGGAAUAUCUGGCUACUUGCAGGAAGAAGUGCAAGGGCACCGCAGAUUUUGGCGAAUUCUGUCCAGCCACUUCUCGAGGAGUCUUCUUUCUACAAAUAUCUGUCGAGGAUGUUACCAAGACUUGAAUUAGAUAUGUGCAAAAUAAUGUUACAUGCGUGCGGACGACCUUGCGACAAGUACAAUGAAAUAAGAAAUAGGCUUAAUUUAAGGAAAAUAAAGUGAUUUACAUUUACAUAGAUUAACAUUCAGA